AUGGGGAUCGGCGAGCACUUUGAGGGCGUGAAGCAGCACUGGGCGCGCAACUUCGCCUUCCUCGACUACUUCAAGAAGGUCUACGGCCGCGACCAGCCCCUCCCCAAGUGGUCCGACGCCGACGUCGAAGAGUUCAUCGCCUCCGACCCCGUCUACGGCCCGCAGCUCAAGGCCCUGAGGGAGUCCAGGAAGUUCGCGCUCGGCGGGGCCCUGGCCGGCGCCGCGCACCUCGGCGGCGUUGCCUUCAAGUACUCCAAGAGCCCGCACGGUGUCGUGCUGGCGACCGGGUUCGGAGCGCUCACUGGCGCCGUGCUCGGGUCGGAGGUGGCCGAGCACUGGUACGAGCUCUACAAGAUGGACAAGCAGGGGGCCAACCUCAGGUUCAUCUACUGGUGGGAGGACAAGGUCUCAGGUGGUCAGAAGUUUUGA